CUGACAUUUUAGAUGUUUUUCUCACCACUUGAAUGUGAUACGCUUGAACAACGUGGAGUAUGUUUGGAGCGGAAUCGUACAAUAUUAUCUUUAAAAUGUCUGAGUGUGUGCGCAUGGUAAAACUGAAAUACGAAUAUAUCACAUGUUGAACGCAGAGGGAACCAACGCAACCCAACGCUCGCACCCGCCGGACACUGUUUUGUCCGACAGGCCGUGAGAGCAGCACGCGCUUAGAGGAAUAACCAGCCGUGGGACUUCCUGGUUCGAAACAAAACGCAGUAGCAGGAGCGACACACAUUCACGCGCGCGCACACACACACACACACACACACACACACAUACAUAUACACACUGGAGGCAGUCGCGAGCGGUCGUGUAGCAUGGUUUUAGUUUCUCUUUAAGGUUUAUCGCGUCUGCGUGUGAGCCACUGCGGCUGUGGACGGUCGGGACCCAGCGCUCCACGGGCAACAAGGAGGAUGGAGGAUCCCCAGCAGAAAGGAUAGGAGCAGCCUGACGUGGUCCUACAUCCCUCCUACCUGGCUCCACCAUGGCCAGCGGCCCCUCUUUGCACCAGGAAGCCGGGUAUUUGGCUCCAGGGACCCCCACGGCGCCCACCGACGUCCAGUCGGGGCCCAAGGUCUUCUGCAAGCUGUGUCUUAGCGAGCUGCCGCCCGAGGAAACCAGGGAGCUGCUGAGCUGCAGCUGUCACUUCUGCACAGCAUGUUUGCAGCAGUACGUCCUGCUGGCCAUCAUGGAGGGGGGGGGGGCUCCCAUCACCUGUCCUGACAUGGCCUGCCACCACACGGGAGUGCUGCAGGACUCUGAGAUUGCCAGCCUGGCUCCAGUGGAGCAAGCAAAGCUGUAUCAGCGGCUGAAGUUUGAAAGAGACGUGAAGCUGGACCCGGCUAAAGCCUGGUGCCCGGUGCUGGAGUGCCAGGCGGUGUGCAGCGUGCGGCCCAGCAGCGAGGGCCGGCCCGGCGCCGUGCCCUGUCUGGCCUGUCACGUGGUCUUCUGCUCCGGGUGCAGAGGGCCCUGGGAGGAGGGCCACACCUGCGCCCAACACCAGCCCAUGAUGCCGCACUUAGCCUCGCAUGACAGCAGGGUUCGCUCCCACAGCAUCUCCGACACGCCCAUCAAGCAGUGCCCGAUGUGUGGGAUCUACAUCGAGAGGAACCAGGGCUGUGCACAGAUGCUGUGUAAGAGCUGCAAACACACCUUCUGCUGGUACUGUCUGCAGAGUCUGGAUGGUGACAUCUUCCUGAGGCAUUACGAUAAGGGACCGUGCAGGAACAAGCUGGGACACUCCAGGGCCUCUGUGAUGUGGAACAGAACGCAGGUGGUGGGCAUUCUGGUGGGGGUCAGCAUCAUCGUGCUGGUGACCUCUCCCCUCCUCCUGCUGGCCUCCCCCUGCAUCCUGUGCUGCGUCUGCAAGCCGUGUAGAGGGAAGAAGAAGAAAAGGAGGAAGAAGGACCUCAGCCUGUCGGACGCCUCCACAUCAUAGCAGCUCCUCCUCCCACCAGCCUACAUGAGGAUGGCGCCCAAGUAAACCGAGUGAUAGUUCUUUGUGGCGGACAAGACUAAUCUUGUAGGACUUUUUUUAUUAUUCGACGGACUAAAGUCUUGUCAUAAAAAUGGUGGAAGUGUAAAUGUAAGGAGGAUGAAUGUAACUAACUCCCACACUACUAAGAGGGAGACGUGACAAGAACGUUAUAUUCCUGGAUGGGGGGGCUGACGCUUUCACACACACACACGUGCAUCUCAAAGGUGCAACGCCGCCUUCAUGUGCCAAACGUCACAAUGCCAAACCAGAAGUGUUAGGUGCUCAAGUGCCUCGCUCUACAGUGCCUGGUGCUCGGUGGUAUUUCAUUUGCCUUUCAUACCUUUUAUCUUAUGCAAAAAACGUUAGCGCUAGGAAAAUGAACACACAGGGUUGUAAGUCCGUAAAAAUGAUGCAAAACAUCGUGUGAGAACUAUGCUCUGCCGAUAAGAAUCAUUACAGGGCUUCAGUGAUACACGGGCAACUUAUCCUGCAGAUGUUUGGUGUUUCCACCUGGUGUAUGUUCCCCGACCAAAGGCUCUAAAGGACAAUGCGUACUUUUAAAAAAAUAAUAUGUAUUUAUGGGUUAUGUGUGUGCUCUUUUAUCAUUUCUACUCUUCUGUUGAUGUUUCUGCAUCAGACACUUUAUAAAAGAAACACUGUAACAGAAAUAAACAAUGUGCUGAACCUG